AUGGACGGGGCGUCUGGGCGUGCGGGCUUUUCGUCGCUCGCCUUCUCGGCUCUGUCUGCUCCCGAGGUCGAGGAAACUGUACCUUCGUUCGUUCCUCGCGUGCUGCGAAUCAACAACGAGGCCUCGCUGAAGUCGCGAGGCGGCAUCGUCUCGGUCGCCGCAGGCAGCAGGUGUCUGUACGUCGCGUGUCUGAACGGCGAUCUCCUGCGCUGGUACCCCGACGAGAAUGAGGGGACUCGAAUCGAGUUCCAAGCGCCACGGGCCACAGAGAGACUGGAGAUUCGGCGCGUGUUUCUCGACGAGAAAGGCAUGCACUGCCUGGUGGCGAUGGCGAACGGAGACAAUUAUUACGUGCACUACAGCAGCGAUCAAGCGCGUUUCCUCACCCGGCUGCAAGACCACUUUGUCGAGAGCGUUGCGUGGAGUCGAAACUCGACAGAGUCGUCCACGCGCGACUUCAUCAUCGGGACGCGACACGGAGCGGUCGUCGAGUGCCUGAUUGAAGGCGGCAAGGAUCGGCACGUGCGGCCACUCUUUGAGUUUCCCCAGAAGGCGCCUGUGCUGGACGUGCACAUCGAGGCUUCACCUUUGGCUGGGGGGGUUCAACGCCAGCUGCUUCUCGCAGCGAUGCCGAGGCAUCUGUACCUCUUUGCUGGGAAUCCAACUCUCUCUGCAACCUUUCAGAACCUGUCUUCGUCUCCGUCCGAUCUGAAGUCUUUCUUAGCCUUUGAGGUGCCGAAAGAAAGCCCGCAGGCAGGCUCGGUCCUCCAGUUGCUGAGGAAGAAGGGUAGCGUCGACAUGCUCGUCUUCUGGACCACAGGUGUCGGCAUCGUCUCGUCCACUCUCUGCCUGUCUUCUUCCUCGCCUUCGGAUACGUCGUCCCCUGUUUCCCCUGCGCGUUCCUUCUUCCCCUCCGAGCCGCCCUCGGUCAUUUCCUUCCCCUCGUCCUCGUCCUUUUCCUCACAAGACAACCGUUCCUCUUCUUUCGGUGGAGCAGAGGGAGAUUCAGAGUUCGACAGAGACAGAAGAGGCAGGGGUGACAGGCGAAGAGACGAAGACGACAACGCGUUGCUUCCCGCCAACCCAGGAGGGCCAGCUCCACUGUCUGUGAUGGUCACGAAUUUUCAUGUUCUCUUGCUCUACGACGGAAAACUUGUUGCGCUCUCGAGAAUCACAGAGGAAAAGGUUGUGGAAGUGCCUCUCUCGGCUGUGAAAUACGGCACUGUUCGUCGCCUUCUGCAGGACCGGUUCGACCAGUCGGUUUUCCUCUACACCGACACCUUCCUCUGCCAGCUAGUCAUUUCGAAGGAAUCAGCGCAGGCGUGGCGACUGUAUCUCCACCAGGGGAAAUUCGCCAUCGCGCUCUCGUACUGCUCCACUGCGGCGCAGCGCGAGCGAGUCAUCGUUUCGCAGGCGAGAUGGCAAAUCAGCCGAGGGCGGUUCGUGGAAGCUGCGGAACUUCUUGCGCAAGCGCAGUCCGUUCCGUUUGAAGACAUUUGUCUCUUUUUCCUCGCCCACAACCAAACGGCGGCUCUGCGCAGCUUCUUCCUCAGCAGAUUCAACCAACUCGCCAACGCCGUCGGCGCGGGGCCGGCAAUUCCCUUUGGAGCGCACGCCGGUCCCUCGCGGCCGCCUCUCCAGGGGGACGGACCUGAAAGUCUCCGGCCGUCGUCUGCCUCGCCGACUCCGCAGCAAGUGAUGCUGUUCGUGUGGAUUUUGGAGUUGCUGCUUCACGAGCUCGCACAGAUCGACGCUGCCCUGUUGCGCCGGCGGCCCGAAGCGAGGAAUCCAGAAACGGACCAGGCGCGGCGAGAGGAAGAAGACGGCGAGAACGACGAGGCAGAGAAGACGCGAGAAGUCGAGUUGCUGAAGGAGAGACAACGCGCGACGCAAGAAGAACUCCGGAGACUGCUGGGCGACUUUCGAGGUGUCGACGAAGUGCAGGCUACGGUGUACGCGUUGCUGCAAUCCCACGGACGCUUCGAGGAUCUUCACUUUUUCGCCGAACUUUGUGGGGACUUUGAGAGCGUCGUCGUUCACUAUCUGAGCCGCCGGGACUACGCAACGGUCAUCGAAAAGCUCGCCCGGAUGAGCGAGACUCCUCUGCGCGACGCGCUGCUCUACCGUCUCUCGCCUCUCCUGUUUCGCCACGAACCGCGAGCGUUCACGGCACUCUGCGUCUCGCCCGCCUUCGCCCACGUCGACCCCGCGCGGCUGCUUCCGGCUCUGUUGCACUGCCGGCGAGCGGACAACGAGAAGGGCGGCGAGCGAGAGGGCCGUGACCAGACAGAGAUGCGGGGCGAGAGAAGCGCACGAGACGGCGCAGAGCACAGAGACUGCGCGGUCCAACUCCUCACGCACUUUGCCCGGCAGGCGACGCCGUUCAAGGGGGGACCCACAGGAGUGUCCGGGAUAGGGGCAGGUUUUCCCAGCGACUCGCACGGCCCUCUCGCGCGUCUGUCGCCUGCUGGGGACUCGGGCUGCUUGGGUGCGUCUCGCGGAAACGGCGCGUCGUCCGCUCGGGUUUUUCGCGGCCCACAAAGCGCGCUUUCCGCUCCGCAGAAGGGCCAACCCCAAGGCAGCUGGAAGGGCGCUACUGGGCUCUGGAACUCGCUCAUUGUCUUGAAGGCCGAGGCGGAGGACGAAGACGAUCUCCUGCGGCUGCUGGCGUCUCAGAAGCCUGGACACCUCCCCUUCGACCCUCAGUUUGCGCUACGCUUCUGCCUGGAGAAGGGCCGAGAACGGUCUGCCGUGCUCCUCUACGGCCUCGUCGGUCUCCACAAGGAAGCUGUGGAGAAGGCGCUGUCGACGAACGACAUGACUCUCGGCCAGCAUGCGGCCAACGCGCCGGCAGAUCCCGCGCAGCGCCAGGAGCUCUGGCUGCGCCUCGCAAAGCACGCGGCCGUCCACGAAGACGUUCCAGCUCUCGUGGCUCUCGUCAAACAGUCCGGAAAUUUGCUGAAGAUCCAAGAUGUCCUUCCGUACAUCUCGGACUCGACGGUGAUCGACUCCCUGAAAGAAGACAUCUGUGCCUCGUUGGACGCCUACGAGCAGCGCAUUGCGUCUCGGUACCAAGAAAUGGAGACGCACAAAGAGGCGAUAUCUGCCCUCAAAGACGAGUUGCGAACUGUGAACCAACGGUGCGUGGUUGUGGAGGUGGACCAGAUCUGCGACGUGUGCUGCGAAUCGAUUUUCACCGAGCGUUUCUACGCCUUUGGCUGCGGGCACUGCUUCCACGUCUCGUGUUGCCAGCGCCUGCGUGUCCCUGCCAUGGACGUGGACGCCCUCGCCGAAUUCGAGCGACGCAUCGUUGAGCUCGAUCGCGCCCUAGAGCGCGGCGCGCCGGCAGAAGAUCUGGAGCAACUUGAGAGCGCCGUCGACGACAUUCUGGCCGGCGAGUGCUCCAUCUGCGGAACGCUCAUGAUCCGCUCGAUCACUCUCCCCUUCAUCGGAGCCGGAGAAAGCCCCGAGGAAGUCAACAGCUGGAAUAUCAUUGAAGACUCUAGUGGUCUCCAAGAUGAUGGAAAAGGCUAG